AGCGCAUUCUGAGCAGUUGCGAAAAACCGCCAGAAGACGGCACCCGCCCCUCCAUUUCGCCGGCAAUGGCUGCAUGCUAUUGCCGUUCACAAAUAUUUAUUUGAAACAUGGACUCAUAGCUGAUGCGGCCGAAGAUAUCUAAAAAUUUAUUUCAAUAGUUAAUUUUCGGGACAGCAAAUAUCGAAGAAAGCAGGGGGAUUCUAAUAGCCUCCACGGCACUCAGGCGUAUUUUGUAAUAGAGCAGUGACUCCGAUGCCGUCUGCCCGUGUGAAGAUGGCCCGCCGGUGACCUUGGCCAGGCCGCUGCCGGUCCGCCGUAUAAAAGCAGCCCGCUCUGACCUGCAGGCCACCAGUUGACGGAGACAGUCGAGACCGACUCACCAGUACCACAGAACUCCACUGAGACGGCCAUGAAGCUCCUGGUUCUCGCUGCUGUGCUGGCCGUGGCUGCCGCCGUGCCCCAAGGCUACGGCUCUCAGCCCUCCAGCGGCUACGGAGCGCCCCCUGAACAGGAGGGAGCCGCCUCCGGGCAGCAGCCCAGCGUCCAGACGGCCUACAGCACGCCGGACGGAGCCGCCUCCGGACCCGAGGGCAACGUCGCAGAACUGCCGGCCUCCUACAACUUCGAGUACGCCGUGCAGGACGACGAGAGCGGCAACAACUUUGGCCAGCAGGAGACCCGCGACGGCGACGCCACGUCGGGCUCCUACUAUGUGCAGAUGGCCGACGGCCGCAUGCAGAUCGUCAACUACUCGGUCGAAGGCGACUCCGGAUACGUCGUCGAUAUUCAGUACGAGGGAGAGGCAAACAUCGAUGCCGCAGCGUCUGGCCAGGAGGGAAACGUGGCAACGCCCAACCAGUCCUAUGGACUGUAAAUGGAGCAUCAUCAUCACCGGUCUAUGGAGUUGAUACUGCAGCACUUUGUUUGUGAUUACCUGAUACCUACCGUGAAACUGAUGUUGACGAUCGAACAGAAUGCCUCAAUGUGCCAUUGUGUAGAUUUGAGACGAUUUCUCAUCGAGUGGAUGGUUAUUUAUUUGAGUGUGUAAAUACCUUAUUUAUGUCAUGUGUGAUCUUUCUGUUAUGUGAUCUGUGUCCUGAAAUGAAAAAAAAUACAUGCAAGUUUAUCUUACAUAGUGAACUGAUGAGCUUUUCUGACAGACGAUAGGUCUUACUAAAGCAAGGAAAUUAUAUGUACCCGAGUAAAGUUGUCAGUUGGUCCAUGUGCCAUCGAUCACCAAACACGGCACCGACCAAAUCGGCUGCUGUAUAUUACACCGGUGCCUUUCUUUGUACCAAUCAUCUUCCAGAUAUCUGAAUGUGUCGUUCAGCCGUUUAAAAUUUUUUGUUUCACCCGUCAGCAUUUUGCUUUUGCGCCGAUCCGUGAUUAUUUCCUCCGAUGUUUCUUGUCCUUGGUUUCCAAAAUAUACUGAAGUGAAGUGAAGUG